AUGGCGCCGCCCACUGGAGCCGCCAGCAACGGCGCAUCCAAGUCGCCCAAACAAUCCAGCAAGCCAUCUCCACCCCGACAAGACACAGAGGCCGAUGCCAAACUCGACCGCCCCUCGAAACCCGACGACUCUACCAAUGCCGAACCCGCCAAACCACUGGCUCCCCCGCCGCGACCAAACCAGCAACAGCAACGCAGCCCAGAUUACUUCACCACCAACCCGGCCGUCGCGUCGCUGAGCCUAGAGCCUAAUCCGUUUGAACAGUCGUUCGGCGGCGCUCCCCCCGAGACCCCCGGUGGCACCAAGCUGCCAUCUGUUGCGGCCCUCACCUCACCCUCGGCUCUCCUUCCUGGCAACACGCCGUUCCCUUGGGGUGGUGGCUCCUUGCGGACCGGCCCCUUGAGUCCGGCCAUGUUGUCGGGCCCGACCAAUGAUUACUUCAGCGACGCACAUCACAUCCGAGGCGGCUUCCCAACCCCGAACGAGUCCUCCAUACGGAGCGGCCUGACUCCCGGGGGCAGCGGGUCCAUGUUCCCUGUCCCUAGUCCGAACUCGCAAGCAAUAUUCGCCCAGCUCGCCGGUCCCGCCCCGACACCCAGCACCAUUGACUUCCAUAGGACCGCACUCAGCGCAGCCGCUGCCAAGCGCGAGAAGGCCCAAGCACAGCAACAACCACCGCCCGUCGCUCCCACAUCGCAACCGCAAGAGAUGGCCAACGGUACCAUUCCUUCCCUCAAGGCGGAGUCAAAGCCUGCGCCGGGCCCGUUCGAUCCACACGAUAAUGACGCCGCAAACGGCCUGUUCAUGCUGGCGCAGGGUCGGAACACCACCCAGCCGCCUCCCGUACAGCACUAUCCCCCAGUGCCGCCCCCACAGGGCCAAGGCCAUGCCGCCACCUCAACUGCUCCAGCGGUGCAACCAGUUAAUACAUCACCCCAGAUGAACGGCGCGCCGUCGCUCACGGGCAGUUCUGCACGUGGCGUCAGCGAGGUUAGCGUGGGAUCAGAAGAGAGCGAGGUGGCGCGUCCCAAUACCCGUGCAAGAGGAAAGCGGAACACGGCUGCGAAUUCGCGGCGCAAGGCUGACGAGCCGCCAGCCAAGGCCACUCCUGCGGCCAAGAAGGCAAAGACGAACGGUGGAGGUGCGUCGAUAAGUAGCAACGAUAUGGACCAUUCGGACGACGGCCACCGCGACACUAAGGCUGAGGGCGGCGGCCGAGCCAAAUCAAAUAUACCCGAAGAUGAGAAGAGGAAGAAUUUUCUGGAGCGUAACAGGGUGGCUGCGCUCAAGUGCCGCCAGCGGAAAAAGCAAUGGCUGGCCAAUCUUCAAAACAAGGUCGAGAUGUACUCAACCGAAAACGAGCAACUCACGGCUCAAGUCGCGCAUCUGCGCGAGGAGGUGAUCAAUCUCAAGACUCUGCUACUGGCGCAUAAAGACUGCCCGGUGACGCAGCAGCAGGGGCUCCAAGGCGCCCAGUUCUUGCAGCCGCCCCUCGACACCUUCAAGCCGCCCAUGGAUGCCUUCAAGCAGUCUAUGGACGCCUUCAACCCGGCCAUGAACACGUACGGCAUGCCGCCGGCGAUGGCGGGCCAGCACGUCAUGGCAGCGGGCCAGUCUAUGGACAGGCGGUACCCAUAG